AUGUAUGAGCAAGACGGUUUCUCAAAAGGCAGGAAGUUUGGGUUCUGCUCCGACUUUGGAGAAGGCGAUGGUGGAUGGGCCUUCUUCACUGGCGAGAAGGGAAAGAUAUGUGGGGCAUACAUUGUACGAUCUGUCGAAAAAUUGACCUUUAGUCUGCUGGAAGCUGCUACGGCCAAGUGGUAUACAUCCGAUGAGGUUCCAUUGGAUCACUUAGAGAUUACUGAAUUCAAGACAGCAUCUGCUGAAUGUGGACAGUCAUUGCUUUGUACUACGAUUGAUGCUUGUCCAUCCAUCUUGGCUAUUGAUUCGAUACCGAUGUUUCAUAUUCCGCUGAAUAAAGAUGAUGUGAAGUCUCGAUCUGUUUUGGAUGCUUCAGUCUCUCACCCAAUCUAUCACUAUAACAAGACCAAAAUCAGAAGCUUUGAUUUUCUGUUCUUCACUGGCCAAAGAUGGAUACGAACUCAAUCCGAUCAUUUUGCUGCCCUCGUAAACGAAACAAGUCUGCCCGAUUUUCAUGAUUUCUUUGUUGUCAAUGAUGGGCUCUUCACUCUAAUCGACGAUCUGAAAACAUCCCCGGACGAUCGAUCCGAGUGGGUGACUGCAGUGAGUGAAAUUGUGGACGCCAAGAUAGAUCAAGGAUCACCUCUUGGGCUUCAGUGGUACGUUCCUCGCUACAAGACUACCGAUGAUGCAGACAACGAAGGCAACAGCCGGGGUUAUCUCCAAAGGAAAAUUUUCGUCAGCUAG